AUGCAAUAUAGAGAAAGUGGUAUGUAUGCUUUUGGCAGCCUUUUUCCGUUUCUCGCGAUAAUUCCGAAAAUAAUCGGCAAAAACGUAACUUCCGAAUAUUCGACGCGGCCAGUGGGAUUUCCAUAUCAUGUGGAAUACUACGUAGAUCUCGAAAAAUACUACUAUCCUAUACUGAUUCAUAAUUACUUAACUACUGCCAUUCGUCUUACUACCCUAGUUGCUACGGAUACCUUCGUGACUAUUCUCGUGCAACAUUGUUGCGCAUUGUUUUCAGUUGUCAGAUAUCGAUUAGAGUAUAUACGAAAGUCGAUCGAGCAAGAUAAAGAACUUGCUUUGCUCGAAGAAGAUGAUAAGUUUUACAAAAACUUCAUAUAUUGUAUACAAAAACACAAAGACGUUUUACGAUUCGCGAGGUGCUUGGAUGCUAUUUAUACAAAAGCUUUUUUCUUCGAAGUCGGUUUGAUCAUAUUGGCGAUGAGUAUGUCGGCUCUACAGGCAACUAGUAGGACUAUCAAUCCACAUCUUGCAAUCCGGCAUGCCUCAUACAUCAUUGCUCAAUUACUGCAUUUAUAUAUCGUGUGCUGGUUAGGGCAACAAGUAAUCGAUCAUAGCGAUCACGUGUACACAUCGACGUAA